CCUCCCGACACGGAUGGGGGAGGAGGCGGUGGAGCUGGCCCCGGGUCUGACCGGCCGCGCUCCCCCGAGCCUGGCGACAGCACCGGCCCGGCCUCGGCUCCCGCAGCGGCGCCCCCCGGCCCUGGCCCCGGGUCCUGCCCCUGCCCAGGGCCUUGCCCGGCCUCUACCGCCACCUCUGCCUCCUCGCUGUCCUCCGUGUCCUCAUGCUCCUCCUCGGCCUCUUCGUCGACCUCGUCCUCCUCGUCCUCGGCCUCCUCCGCCUCGUCGUCCCCCGGCUCGUUGGGGCCCAGCCCGGCUGACAGUCCGCCGGAGGCAGCAGGCCCAGGCCCGGGGCCGGCCGUGAGCGGCGCCCUGCGCGAGCUGCUGGAGGCCUGCCGCAACGGGGACGUGGCCCGGGUGCGGAGGCUCGUGGACGCGGCCAAUGUGAACGCCAAGGACCUGGCCGGCCGCAAGUCCUCCCCGCUGCACUUCGCCGCUGGGUUUGGGAGGAAGAGAGUGAAAUCUCUCUUGGGCAUGCUCAGUGUGAUGCUGAAGCAGAAUGCAGUGGGAUUAGAGCAAAUGAGGAUAUUUCUGCUGCUUUGUUUAAUACACAGUUAUCAAGUGGGGAAGUGUCUACGGUGCCGGCUGCAGAGGGGCUUUCUGGCCCUUUUGUCUGUGAAGAUGUUAUUAAAAAAAGAGGGGGAGAUUCUUGAGCUGCUUUGGAAGUUAUCUGGCCCUCUGACAGCACAGAUGCAGAUGGUGGGGAUCAACACUGGACAUGUGUUACUGCGUGUCUUGGAGCCUGUGGCCAGAUUCUGUGAUGGAGAAAACUUGGGCAAAAUUGCUGGUUUUCUGACUCUUGCAGGGUGGAGAGGAGGCCUGGGAUUUGCAGGGAUAAGCCUGCAGUAUAUUUUUGUUGAUGUAGCCGGCUUAGCAGUGUUUUACCCUGAAGCUAUGUUCACUACCACUGCCAUUGCUGCUGCUGUAGCUGCUACCCUUGCUGCUGCAGAGACCCAAGAAGUGUUUGGAAAUGGAGCCCUAAAGAAGCAGCUUCACAGAGUUCUGCUGCAGCACGGAGCUGAUCCCAACAUUCGCAACACUGAUGGGAAAUCGGCCCUGGACUUGGCAGACCCUUCAGCAAAAGCUGUCCUCACAGGUGAAUACAAGAAGGACGAACUCCUAGAAGCUGCUAGGAGUGGUAAUGAAGAGAAACUGAUGGCUUUACUGACUCCUCUAAAUGUGAAUUGCCAUGCAAGUGAUGGACGUAAGUCUACUCCUUUACACCUGGCUGCAGGCUACAAUCGCGUGCGGAUAGUACAGCUUCUCCUUCAGCAUGGAGCUGAUGUUCAUGCCAAAGACAAAGGUGGACUCGUGCCUCUGCAUAAUGCAUGUUCAUAUGGACAUUAUGAAGUCACUGAAUUGCUUUUAAAGCAUGGCGCUUGUGUCAAUGCUAUGGAUCUCUGGCAGUUCACCCCACUCCAUGAGGCUGCCUCCAAGAACCGAGUAGAAGUUUGUUCUUUGCUGCUGAGUCAUGGAGCUGAUCCUACCUUGGUCAACUGUCAUGGCAAGAGUGCUGUGGACAUGGCUCCUACUCCUGAGCUGCGGGAGAGGCUGACAUAUGAAUUUAAAGGUCACUCUUUACUACAAGCAGCCAGAGAAGCUGACCUUGCCAAAGUUAAAAAAACACUUGCUUUGGAGAUCAUUAAUUUCAAGCAGCCCCAGACUCAUGAAACAGCUUUGCAUUGUGCUGUGGCCUCCUUACACCCCAAGCGGAAGCAAGUGGCUGAACUCUUACUACGGAAAGGAGCAAACGUGAACGAAAAGAAUAAAGACUUUAUGACACCCUUGCAUGUCGCAGCAGAAAGAGCUCACAAUGAUGUCAUAGAGGUUCUCCAUAAGCACGGAGCCAAGAUGAAUGCACUGGACACACUUGGUCAGACGCCUUUGCACAGGGCGGCCUUGGCAGGCCACUUGCAGACUUGCCGCCUCCUGCUGAGUUAUGGCUCUGAUCCCUCCAUCAUCUCCCUACAAGGUUUUACAGCUGCCCAGAUGGGAAAUGAAGCCGUGCAGCAGAUUCUAAGUGAAAGUACACCUGUGCGCACUUCAGAUGUUGACUACCGGCUCCUAGAAGCAUCCAAAGCAGGAGACUUGGAAACUGUGAAGCAACUCUGUAGCCCUCAGAAUGUGAACUGCCGAGAUUUAGAAGGUCGCCACUCGACUCCUCUUCACUUUGCUGCUGGCUACAACCGAGUAUCUGUGGUGGAAUUCCUCCUCCACCACGGAGCAGAUGUUCAUGCCAAAGACAAGGGUGGCUUGGUGCCCCUCCACAAUGCCUGCUCCUAUGGCCACUAUGAAGUGGCAGAGCUCUUAGUGAGACAUGGAGCGUCUGUCAAUGUUGCUGACCUAUGGAAAUUUACACCUCUGCAUGAAGCAGCUGCUAAAGGAAAAUAUGAGAUCUGUAAGCUUCUCUUAAAGCAUGGAGCAGACCCAACUAAGAAGAACCGAGAUGGCAACACACCUUUAGACUUGGUGAAGGAAGGAGACACUGACAUCCAGGACUUACUCCGAGGAGAUGCUGCCCUGCUGGAUGCUGCCAAAAAAGGCUGCCUGGCCCGGGUGCAGAAGCUGUGCACUCCCGACAACAUCAACUGCAGAGACACCCAGGGUAGAAACUCAACCCCGCUGCACCUGGCAGCAGGUUACAAUAACCUGGAAGUAGCAGAAUACCUUUUAGAACACGGAGCUGAUGUUAAUGCUCAAGACAAAGGAGGCCUUAUUCCUUUACAUAACGCUGCAUCCUAUGGGCAUGUGGACAUAGCAGCAUUGCUGAUCAAAUAUAAUACAUGUGUGAACGCUACAGAUAAAUGGGCCUUCACUCCAUUGCAUGAAGCAGCCCAGAAAGGAAGAACACAACUGUGUGCCCUGCUUUUAGCCCACGGUGCAGAUCCAACCAUGAAGAACCAAGAAGGGCAGACACCUUUAGACCUUGCAACAGCUGAUGACAUCCGAGCUCUGCUGAUCGAUGCCAUGCCCCCAGAGGCUUUGCCGACGUGUUUCAAGCCUCAAGCUACUGUCGUGAGUGCCUCACUCAUCUCUCCAGCCUCCACCCCAUCCUGUCUUUCUGCCGCGAGCAGCCUAGACAACCUUGCCGGCCCUUUGGCAGAGUUAGCAGUAGGAGGGACUUCCAAUGCUGGGGAUGGAGCAGCAGGGGCACAAAGGAAAGAAGGGGAAGUGACAGGUCUUGACAUGAAUAUCAGCCAGUUCCUCAAAAGCCUGGGCCUUGAACACCUCCGGGACAUAUUUGAAACGGAACAGAUUACCUUAGAUGUACUGGCAGAUAUGGGUCACGAAGAGUUGAAAGAAAUAGGCAUCAAUGCAUAUGGGCAUCGGCACAAGUUAAUCAAGGGGGUGGAAAGACUUUUAGGAGGACAGCAAGGCACCAAUCCUUACUUGACUUUUCACUGUGUUAAUCAGGGAACGAUCCUGUUAGACCUUGCUCCGGACGACAAGGAGUAUCAGUCAGUAGAAGAAGAGAUGCAGAGUACAAUCAGAGAACACAGGGAUGGUGGUAAUGCUGGAGGUAUCUUCAACCGAUAUAAUGUCAUCAGGAUUCAGAAGGUCGUGAACAAGAAAUUGCGGGAACGAUUCUGUCACAGACAGAAGGAGGUAUCAGAAGAGAACCACAACCAUCACAAUGAACGAAUGCUAUUCCAUGGCUCUCCUUUCAUUAAUGCCAUUAUUCACAAAGGAUUUGAUGAGAGACAUGCAUAUAUAGGGGGCAUGUUUGGGGCCGGGAUUUAUUUUGCAGAGAAUUCUUCUAAAAGUAACCAAUAUGUUUAUGGAAUUGGAGGCGGUACCGGCUGCCCUACACACAAAGAUAGGUCCUGUUACAUCUGUCACAGGCAAAUGCUUUUUUGUCGAGUGACCCUUGGAAAGUCCUUUCUCCAGUUCAGCACCAUGAAAAUGGCCCAUGCCCCACCUGGCCAUCACUCUGUUAUUGGCAGACCUAGCGUGAAUGGCCUUGCAUAUGCUGAGUAUGUGAUCUACAGAGGGGAACAGGCAUACCCGGAAUAUCUCAUCACAUACCAGAUCAUGAAGCCUGAUGCCCCUGCCCAGACAGCAACAACAGCAGAACAGAAGACCUAGGACAACCUGGACUGAAGCCAGAUGGGACUUAAACCUAAGACUGGAUCACAUGUGAUUGUUUCCCAAAUCCAAGACACCCUAUAAAAAUCCUGACAGCCUA